ACUACAGCGAGGGGCUAAGUAUAGUUCGCUCUGGCAGAAACACGACACUUCAGCUACACCGUGUCCCCUGGGCUGUUCCAUCCUCCGGAUGCCAAAGGCGAACCCGACCAGACCGGCUCCGUGAGACGGGCUCCACUGACGGUCCGUUCCUGUCGAGCCCACGGACACCCGGACGCGCGCGCUCCUCCACUGCGGCUGACGUCACAUCCAGCAUGGCGGUCAAGGUGCAAGCCACCAAAAGAGCAGACCCACAUGACCUGAAGAGCAUUUUCCUGAAGUACGCCAGUGUGGUGGAGGAUGGAGAGCAUUACAUGACCCCCAAAGACUUUGUGCAGAGCUACCUGGGCCUGCACACGCAACCUCAGCAUAAUCCCAAAACGGUGGCUCUCCUGGCCGGAGUGGCCGACACCACCAAAGAUGGACUCAUCUCUUUCCAAGAGUUUCUGGCCUUCGAGUCGGUGCUGUGUGCUCCUGACGCGCUCUUCAUUGUCGCCUUCCAGUUGUUUGACAAGAACGGCUCCGGGAGCAUCUCGUUCGAGAAUGUGUGCGACAUCUUCAGCCAGACCACAGUCCAUCACCACAUCCCCUUCAACUGGAACUGUGAGUUCAUCCGGCUGCACUUUGGCCACGAGAGAAAGAAGAACCUCAGCUACACAGAGUUCACUCAGUUCCUGCAGGAGCUGCAGCUGGAGCACGCCCGCCAGGCGUUCGCCCAGAAGGACAAGAAGAAGAGCGGCGCCAUCACCGCGCUGGACUUCAGCGACAUCAUGGCCACCAUCCGCCACCACAUGCUGACUCCCUUCGUGGAAGAGAACCUGGUUUCGGCUGCAGGUGGAAGCACCUCCCACAUGGUGAGCUUCUCCUACUUCAACGCCUUCAACGCGCUCCUCAACAACAUGGAACUGGUGCGCAAGAUUUACAGCACGCUGGCCGGCUCUCACCGAGACACCCUCGUCACCAAAGAGGAGUUCGUCCACGCCGCCAACAAGUUUGGUCAGAUCACUCCGAUGGAGAUCGACAUCUUGUAUCAACUGGCUGGUCUGCACUCUCACUCCGGGCGCCUCAACUCCGCAGACAUCGAGAGGAUAGCGCCGCUGGAGGAAGGAGCCAUGCCGUACCACCUGGCCGAGACCCAGAGACAGCACGGCCACGACGCGUCCCGCUCAGUCUGGCUCCAGGCUGCAGAGUCUGCCUACAGGUUCACUCUGGGCUCAAUAGCUGGAGCGACGGGGGCCACGGCUGUGUACCCCAUCGACCUGGUGAAGACCCGCAUGCAGAACCAGCGCUCCACCGGCUCCCUGGUCGGGGAGCUGAUGUACAAGAACAGCUUCGACUGCGCCAAGAAAGUGCUGCGUUACGAAGGCUUCUUCGGCUUCUACAGAGGUCUCAUCCCGCAGCUCAUCGGCGUCGCUCCGGAGAAGGCCAUCAAACUCACGGUGAAUGACUUUGUCAGGGACAAGUUCACGGCGCAGGACGACACCAUCCCCCUGGCGGCGGAAGUGCUCGCAGGCGCAUGCGCCGGAGGCUCCCAGGUGAUUUUCACCAACCCUCUGGAGAUCGUGAAGAUCCGCCUCCAGGUGGCAGGAGAGAUCACCACGGGCCCUCGGGUCAGCGCCCUCAACGUGGUCCGAGACCUGGGCUUCUUUGGCCUCUACAAGGGAGCCAAAGCCUGCUUCCUGCGGGACAUCCCCUUCUCCGCCAUCUACUUCCCCGUCUACGCACACACCAAGCAGAGGCUGACGGACGAGGAGGGCCGGCUGGGGCCGCUGCAGCUGCUCGCCGCCGGCGCCAUCGCAGGCGUGCCCGCCGCCUCGCUGGUGACCCCCGCUGACGUCAUCAAGACCAGGCUGCAGGUGGCGGCCCGAGCGGGCCAGACCACCUACAGCGGAGUGCUGGACUGCUUCAGGAAGAUCCUGAAGGAGGAAGGAUUCAGGGCCUUCUGGAAGGGCGCCGGAGCUCGCGUCUUCAGAUCGUCGCCGCAGUUCGGCGUGACCCUGGUGACCUACGAGCUCCUGCAGAGGUGGUUCUACGUCGACUUCGGAGGACAUCGCCCCACUGGCUCAGCACCCACCCCGAAACCCACCAUCCAGGACCUUCCCUCGGUGACCGUGGACCACGUGGGCGGCUACCAACUGGCGGCUGCGACCUUCGCCGGCGUGGAGAGGAAGUUUGGUUUACAUCUGCCCAAGUUCAAGUCGGCUGCCGAGUCCCGUGCGGCACCGGCGGCGGCAGCAGCUUCGUAACCGGACCGGGAGUCCUCGACCCGCUUGUGCGCCGUGGGCUUGGUCUGAGCGCCUGCAUGAGUCCGGCUGCCCGCCGGGGGGAACGCGACGUCACGGCCCGGCGUUUGGAGGUUCAGCGCUCGUGCAUGUUUCUGCUGACUUGACUAUGUACAGAUGUUUUCAAAGUGUUUAUUUUGAAAUCAGCAUUUAUUGUAUUUUACUGAAAUAAAUCAUUUCAAACUGUGCAAAGAGAAGAAUCUCAGUAUUGAUGACG